AGUAAUUGUUGCUGCGCAAAGUGGAUGUGGUUAUAGGGGGGUUGGAUGGUAUUGGUUGAGGCACCGCAUGUUUUCCGCCAAAGCGAAACUGAAUUGAGCCGCAGCGGGAGCCCAUCGACAUCAACCGAGAAACACCCGACGAAAAAAAAGGAUAAAAAAGACAUGGCCGUCCAGCAGCAGCCGACCCAGGUGGUGACCGUGGUGACCACCAGCCAAGGCCCUGGCACGUGGAGCACCGGCCUCUGCGACUGCUGCAGCGACAUGGGCACCUGUUGCUGCGGUUAUUGGUGCUUCCCCUGCAUGCAGUGCCAGACGGCCGGAGACCACGGCUGGUGCUGCUGCACCCCGAUGCUGGACGUCUGCUGCCUGGUGUCCUGCCAGCUCCGCUCCUCCAUCAGAGAGCGCCACAACAUCGCCGGCUCCUGCUGUGACGACUGGUGCAAGUUGUUCUGGUGCUACCCAUGUGUCUGGUGCCAGAUGAAUCGUGAGCUGAAGAUCCGGCGCAGACACUGAGAGACCUACACCUCGAUCACCACUCGAGGAUAGGACGCCGCGGCGGAGGGCAUGACACGCGAUUCACGUGUAACCCAUCUAAUCUUUUUUCUUAAUGUUCUUAUGCAGGGUUCACACGGCCAUGGAAAACUUGUAAAAGUCAUGGAAAAAAAUAAAAUCCCAAAAGUUUUGGAAAAGUCAUGGAAA